AUGAUAGAAUUAAACGAACAACAAAAAAGAAUCCUCGGCUCCUGGGUUCUGGAAAGCGGAAAUGGCCCCGAAUUCGACCGAUACUUACAGGUAGGCAGUAUUUGCCUCCUUAAUCGUUAGUUUAGGAGAUCGGAAUUCCUGCAUUUGCUCGGAUGAUCGCCAAUUCUACAUUUCCAAAGUUUUAUGUCACCUUGGAAGGGGAAGAAUGGACCGUGAAGAUGGAAUCUUCCUUCAAAUCUGAUCAGUGGAAAUUCAAAUUGGGCCAGAAAUUCACUCAAAGAACCGUCGAUGGAAGAGAAUUUUGGUGAGUUAAAAAAUACGUCAUGAUGACGUAUUUCUUAAAACAUUGAUGUUUCUGUAAUUCAGGUGUGUUGUCGAAUUGACUGAAGAUGGGAAAAUAAUCGAGACACAGUCGAACGCGGAGGGAAGCACGAAUGUUCCGUCAACGAUUACUCGAUGGGUUGAUGAUGAAGGGAAAAUGCACGCCCAAUCCAAGGCCAACGACAUCCAAUGCGAACGUAUUUUUGUCCGGAUAUGA